GAAAUUAUUGGAGACUUUGAAACCGACUUGAGAGGCAUACGUUUGAUAUUGGUUUACUCCAAUAAUUUUGAGAAGAAAUGAGGUUUCAUUAUAAAGUUAUAAACGCAAGCGAAUGAGGUUAUUGAUCCAUGGUGCAAGAGACUGAACCACAGGUAAGAAAAGGAUAGGUCCGAUUGGAAUAGGAUGGGAUGGUGAAGAAAGAGAGGCAUUUGGUGCUAGUACAUGGAGCUUGUCAUGGAGCAUGGUGCUGGUAUAAGGUGACAACUCAGCUGAAAUCAAUGGGCUACAAGGUUACAGCAAUUGACAUGGCUGCUUCUGGGAUCCAUCCAAAGCAAGUUCAUGAGAUUCGUUCCAUGUCUGAUUACUUCGAACCGUUGAUGGAAUUCAUGGCGUCUCUGCCACCAGAGGAGAGGGUGAUUCUAGUGGGCCACAGCAAGGGUGGGUUUUGCGUUUCAGCCGCCAUGGAAAGGUUUCCAGAAAAAGUUGCUGUCGCAGUAUUUGCCGCUGCUUUUAUGCCGGAUCCAGAACUCACUUUUCAGACUCUAUCUCAAACGGGCAAUGAAAGAUUGGAUUCCGACAAGUACAUGGACACGCAAUUUGGAUUCCACAAUGGUAUGCAUGAGCCUGCAACCUCAGUACUCUUUGGGCCCAAUUUCAUGGCAUCCAAGUUAUACCAGCUUUCCCUCCCGCAGGAUUUAACGCUUGCACUAACUUUAGUCAGACAUGUUGGUGUCUAUAAAGAUGAAAGAUCAAUCCAGGCUACUGCAGUCACCAAGGAGGAAUAUGGAUUAGUGCCUCGAGUGUACAUUGUGUGCAACAAAGAUAAUAUCAUAAAAGAAGACUUCCAAAGGUGGAUGAUUGAAAACAAUCCACCAGAUGAGGUAAAGCUGAUUACCGACUCUGAUCACAUGGUCAUGUUUUCCAAACCGAACGAGCUGUGCUCUUGUCUUCAAGAAAUUACAGAAAAAUAUAUUUAGAGCGUAGUUGCUUGAUUCAAACAGCUGAAAUAAAAUGGACCAAUGUCGAACUUCCAUUUUUUUUUUAUUUUAAUGGCCUAAUUUGUAAUAUUGACUUGUCGAUCCAGCUCCCCUGAUUCAUGGAAAUAUUAAAGAAAUAGCAGAGAAUGCACCCAAAUAAAAAAAAAAAAAAGAAGAAAUUGCCGAGAAAUACUUGAAUGUGCUAUUGUAUACUUGUCACCUAAU